GCCCACCCAUACGCCCGUCUGUACAGCAAGAAGCACGGCGCUGGCAAACGGCGAAAGAUGUGGAACCACGCGCUCGAGAAGAUGCUGUUCACACCGCAGGAGAUUUCCACCAUGGGCGCUCCCCACCGGCGAACGAUAUAUACGGCUAGUCUGGAAGCCCACGUCGAUCGUCUCCAUGAGCAGCUCCUCGGCCUCUCCCUCUUCCCGGUCCCGUUCGAGAAGCUUGAACCCUACCGUGGCCUGAAUUCGAAGACGGCGAAGAGCAUGGUCUCAGGGCUGCACCACGACGCUGCGGAAUUGAAGCUGAAGAUCCUUGAGCUAGAGCGAGCGGUA